CGCAGAGCCCGGGUCCGCGCUGCGGAGGGCGAAGGAGCCGAGCCGGCCAGGCCAUGCCCAGUCCCCCGACGCUGGGGGCGGCAGGCCCCGGCCCGGACCCGGAGGAGCGCUACGAUUUCCUCUUCAAGCUGGUGCUGAUCGGGGAUGCCAGCGUGGGCAAAACCUGCCUGGUGCAGCGCUUCAAAACCGGGGCCUUCGCCGAGCGCCAGGGCAGCACCAUCGGCGUGGACUUCACCAUGAAGAGCCUGGAGAUCCAGGGCAAGCGGGUCAAGUUGCAGAUCUGGGACACAGCAGGCCAGGAGAGAUUCCGAACCAUCACACAGAGCUACUACCGAAGCGCCAAUGGAGCAAUCCUAGCCUAUGACAUCAGCAAGAGAAGCUCUUUCCAGUCCAUUCCUCGCUGGAUUGAGGAUGUGAGAAAGUAUGCUGGUUCCAACAUAGUACAGUUACUGAUUGGAAACAAGUCUGACUUAAGUGACCUUCGAGAGGUUCAGCUGGAAGAGGCUCAGAAUCUGGCUGAACACUACGAUAUCAUCUGUGCCAUAGAAACGUCUGCGAAAGACUCCAGCAAUGUGGAGGAAGCUUUUGUGAAGAUGGCAACAGAGCUCAUGAUAAGGCAUGGAGGCCCCAUGUUCAAUGAGAAAAACACAGACAGCAUCAAACUUGACAGCAAAGAUAUAGUAGAAGGCUGGGGGCCAUGCGGUUGCUGAUACAAGCUAGGUGGUAUCCCUGACUUUUCUGGAAUUUAGAGGGAUGUCUCCCCCUAAGGCUGAGUAGCACAGUAGCUGUAUCCUCCUCCUGAGAGACCAGCAUUUUUGUAGAUGUUAGACACCAAUGCAAUCAAGAUUUUGUCUUUUACUUUUAAAAAGGGACUUUGUUGAGGUUUAGACCUAAAAGUUCAACCUUCCUUGACAUUUACUCUGUAUUUGCCCCCAUUAUUUUCUUUGCUGCAGCCUUCUCAGUAAGUUAUGAAUCUGAGUGAAGCAGCGUGGAUCUGUUUGUUGGAGGGCAGGGGAAGGUAACUAGACGAGAAACCACCACAUACCUAAAGUCCUAAACCCUUCAGUAUGGGAUAGCUGGCAAAGGUGUAACUAUUUUUGCUUUUAGGUCAGUCAACCUUGAUAGAAUCUUUAAAUUCUCAGCAUUCCACAAAUGUCCACAUACACCAGACAGGUUAGACAGUGACUGUGGCAAAUGUGUUUCAAGUAUCAAAAUGCUUGAAUGUUUUGAACACGGGACCAAGCAGCAGUCACCUGUCCAAGACACCGGACCACCAUGGAAGCUCUCUCUUUGAAAGUGAAAUGUGGCACAUGGACUGCGAAAUACUGUUGGUACAAGCCCAAGUGGGCUGUCAUGCUGAUUUUUAAAAAAUCAUCAUUCAAAUAGUGAAAUCAGCCUGAGCAAUACCGGUUGCCUGCUUGUUUAGCAAGUUAAGAAACAUUAAAUGUACUGACUCAAAUUCACUUUUGGAGAAGGAAGGGUUUGAUUAUUUUGUUACUUAUUUGCACAGUGAAUAGUUCCUUUUCCAACUUGGUGUCAUGGAGUUUUUACCCUCAGCUUUAUUCAUUUCAUUCCAUAACUCAAGAACAGCACCACUGGAAAUAAGAACUGGAGAAACCUUGAACAGACUUUGCUAGCCAUGACUGACUUUGGAGUGCUGUAGUAUGCCUACCUGGUCACAUAGAACGUUAAUUCCAAUCACGUGUGAUUAGCAUUAGUUUUUGUUGCCAGAGGUUUCAUUGCACAAGUGACUGUGACUGUCCUAUUCUUUAACUACAGCCUGGGCAUUUGAUGGGAUGGUGAACUUCAGAUUAGCUGAGAAUUGUAUGAAACAUGAUUUCUUGGCUAUAGGAAAAUAUUGAGAUCUCUGAUUCCCUCUCUCACAAUCACAAGUUGCCAGUUGAUUUUCAUUUCUUGCAGAUCUUCAGCAAGAAAAAUCUUUUUACUGUUGACCAAAAGUCUGCAUUAUUAAUUAAAUUGAUUUAAUAACCCAGCUAAGUAGUUAGCUUAAAGAUGUAGCUCUUUAUUAGGAGCUUAUGUUGUGUCUGCUGUUAGAAAGUGCUGACGCCAGUAACUAUCCCUGGAUUUACUCUCUCAAGCACCUUACAAACAGGGAUUUACAAAAGGAACAGAAGCUGGAUUUUUUGUUAAAUCUACAGUUUAAAGCCAAGGUUUUCAGAAUCGUGAUUUUGGGUGCCUGACUCUAGAUAUUUUAAAAGAUCCUGAUUUUCAGAAGUGCUGAUUACCCACCCUCAAAAAUCAGGCCUCGUUAGGGUGUUUCAGGUUGCUGCACCUGAAGAAAAAAAAUGAAGGUACCCAAAAUCAGUCAUUGUUUUUGAAAGUUUUAACCUAAAAGAAAAGGGUGUAUUUGGAUUAUUGUUAUUACCAGGAAUACAGCUUAUGGCCAUUCCACACAUAGCAUGAAAGCGAAGAAACUAGGAAAGGGCUAAUAUCCUGGACCCUGUUUUAAAUGUUGAUUCAUCAGAAAAAUCAUUUUCCUGCAGAAAAUGUUGAACUAUUUUCUACUGAAGCAGUUGAUUAAAGAAUUAUGUAUGUUUUGUA